AUGGGGAUGCUCUUCAAGAGAUACCCCCAACGCACCGGCCAUUUUCUGACAAAUCGGUUGAGAAGGAGGAGGCGCCCAAGAUGGAAAAAGGGAAAAGAUUUGGAAAAUGGACAUGGGAAGACAAAGGAGAGUUUCAACGCCUUCCAAAGUUUUUUUUCGGUUGUUUUUGGGUCAUAA